AGGAUGAGAAAGAGAGAAAGUUAACUAUAUUUCUUUUAUUAUAUAAGACAUGCGUUUUCAGACUGUUAGCAAGAAUUCGCUUUUAGAUACAUUAACGGGUGAGAUCAAAUACUCGUGCAAUGGCGUGAUUGUUAAUGAGCGUUCUGUAUUGACUACAGCUACAUGCGCACUCGCGAAAUCGGACAGAUACAGAUUAUGCUCUGUGCUUAUUGGUGAAUAUAAUACAGAGUUCAAUCCAGAUUGCAAUAAUUUGUUUUGCGGACACAAAACCAGUAGCCACGACAUAUCGUAUGUAGUAAAACAUCCGGGCUACGACGCCGCAAGUUAUUCCAACAACGUCGCCUUACUUCGCUUGAAGAAGGCUAUCGAAUUUACAGCCACAGCUCAACCAAUCUGCUUUAUACCGGAAGACAGAUACGUCAGCCUAGGAAGUACAUGCACUGUUGUCGGCUGGGGAAAAUUGUCAGGUCAAAAAGGUAUUGUAUUAAUAGAACAAACUAUCAUAAAGCAUAAACUGUAAGCUGUGUUUAUGUA